UUUUACACCACUUGGAAAAGGAUACAGUAUCAGUAGUCUCAUCUCCCGCUCUUUUUGCCUCAUUUUCCUUAAAAUAGUUAGCAAACCCAUUGGCGUCGUAGUGCUUUUAAAACAAUUAAGAAUAAAUGUUGUGUUUUAGUACGCUCGCUAGGAAACACCGCGUGAGUACCCGGAAGUUGUCAACGUUAGACCCGCCUCAUGCGAGUUUCUAUUGGGCAAAUUGGCAUUUCGCGUUCAUUCAUUGGUUGAAAAAGUAGUUUUUUUUAAGAGUACGGAAGUGUAUUUUCGUGGCCGAACAGCAGUUUUACAAAAAAAGAAGAAAAAAACACGACAAACAAAUCACGUUUUCAACAUGAAACGAUUUAUUUCUUGUUUUUUGUUGACACACAUGAAGAACAAAAUAAAUAAAUAAAUAAAUAAAAAAAGGUAAUGAGGCUUAAUCACUUUGGGUCACUGGACUUCUUUGGUGUUAUCCUGUAAAGACAACAAUGGUAAAAUAAAAAAAUUAAUAUUGAUACGUUAUGUUCUUUUUGUGGAAAUGCAGAGGAAACUGUUUUGUUUUUGGGAAUGUACUAAGUCUCACAUUUUUGAACAACUUUAUCAACGUUAGACCCGCCUCACGCGAAUUACUAUUGGGCAAAUUGGCAUUUCGCGUUCAUUCAUUGGUUGAAAAAGUAGUUUUUUUUAAGAGUACGGAAGUGUAUUUUCGUGGCCGAACAGCAGUUUUACAAAAAAAGAAGAAAAAAACACGACAAACAAAUCACGUUUUCAACAUGAAACGAUUUAUUUCUUGUUUUUUGUUGACACACAUGAAGAACAAAAUAAAUAAAUAAAUAAAUAAAAAAAGGUAAUGAGGCUUAAUCACUUUGGGUCACUGGACUUCUUUGGUGUUAUCCUGUAAAGACAACAAUGGUAAAAUAAAAAAAUUAAUAUUGAUACGUUAUGUUCUUUUUGUGGAAAUGCAGAGGAAACUGUUUUGUUUUUGGGAAUGUACUAAGUCUCACAUUUUUGAACAACUUUAUCAACGUUAGACCCGCCUCACGCGAAUUACUAUUGGGCAAAAUGGCAUUUGGCGUUUAUUCAUUGGUUGAAAAAGUGGUACUUUUUUGAAAGCGUACGGAAGUGUAUUUUCGUGAAAUUUUAAUAGCAGUUUUACGGGAAAAAAACCACGCCAAACAAAUUAGUUUUUGAACAGGUGACGAUUUAUUUCUUGUUUUUUGUUUUUUGUUUUGUUUUUUACACACUUUAAGAACAACAACAAAAACUCAUUCGGCGUUAUCACUUGAUUCACUGGACUGGUGUUAUCCUGUAAAGACAACAAUGGGAAAGCAGACGAAGACUGCAAGGCAGCAUGGAUAGAAGCUAAAGGUCCAUCCUGAUGGUGCCAUCAGCACCUCAGCGCGACCUGCUGGAGGUGAGAUGUUCGCCCGUUCAUGGAUACCACUGAGGAGAUCACUUCAGUGUGGGAGACCGCGACUGAGACACAGCCGGCGGCGGGGGACAGCAGCGGCGGCGGCACUGGACGCCGACAAAAAAACCGAGACGCCGCCAGGAAGAGUCGCAAAAAGCAAACGCAGAAGGCCGACGAGCUUCAUCAGGAGCUCAUGAAUCUGGAGAGAUCCAACUCAGCCCUGGAGAAGGAGAUUCAGGAUUUAAAAGAAAAACUUCGUCACUACACCACCAUCCUGGAGCGCCACGAGCCUUCCUGUCUCCUCCGAAGGCGCACAAACACUCAACCCCUCGACGAAACGGUGCGCGAAGAACCCCUCGACUCACUCGAUCCUCAUUCGCUAUUCCUCAAAAACGCCGACGCACAAUUCUCCACGCUUCAACGUGAAGAAUUCCCAUCCCUCGCCGAAGGUCUGGGAGCGGUGGCGUUUAAUCAACACGAUCCUUUGUUAUCAGAACAAGCCGACGGGAAUUGGGUCUUGGACACGAGUAGCUCGAUCCCCGAUUCAAAUGAGACCUCGGCACUCUCGCUGUCCGAGUUCCUGGAGGCCAACGACUGGAUUCUGAGCGGCGUCGGCGACUCUAAUGUUUCGUAAGAGCACUAAAAGUAGUGCGUUAACUGCAUUAUCACAGCGGGAUUUACCGUACUUCCUGUUUUUCACACCACAUCCUGCUUUUACUUGCAUAUUUAUUUAUUGAACCUUACUUUAAAUUGCAGAAUUUAAAUGGAUUAUACACUGUUUUCUUCAUAUCUGCUGACUCAAAAGAUGUUUUGAGUUUAUUUCUACAUGACCAUAAUUGCCUCUUUUUGGCCACAAGUUCAACAAUGUCAUAAAACAAACGUUUUCAGAGUUGACAGGCUUCUUCUCAUUGAAUCAACCUGACUAAAUUAGCGGUUUGCGCUUCGCUUAGCUUUCACCUGCGCCAAUUUUCUCAAGAAAUUGACGAUAAUUGCACACAGUUAGCUAAAAAGUACACAGGCUACUAGUAGCAAGAUAGCUAGCUAUCUUCUUUAGUUUAUGUUAGCAACACCAGCUUGAUUGGCAUAUUUAGACGAAUUGUUAGCUUUCACUUGCGCCAGUUUUCUCGAGAAAUUGACGAUAAUUGCACACAGUUAUCUAAAAAGUGCACUAGCUACAAGUAGCAAGCUAGCUAGCUAGCUUCUUUGCUCUAUGUAAGCUACACCAGCUUGACUGGAAUAUUUAGACAAAGUGUUAGCUUUCACUUGCGGCAGUUUUCUCGAGAAAUUGACGAUAAUUGUACACAGAUAGCUAAAAAGUGCACAGGCUACUAGUAGCAAGAUAGCUAGCUAGUUUCUUUAGUUUAUGUUUGCAACACAGGCUUCAUUGGAAUAUUCAGACGAAUUGUUAGCUUUCACUUGCGCCAGUUUUCUCGAGAAAUUGACGAUAAUUGUACACAGGUAGCUAAAAAGUGCACAGGCUACUAGUAGCAAGAUUGCUAGCUAGUUUAUUUAGUCUAUGUUUGCAACACAGGCUUCAUUGGAAUAUUCAGAAGAAUUGUUAGCUUUCACUAAUGCCAGUUUUCUCGAGAAAUUGACAAUAGUUGCACACAGUUAGCUAAAAAGUGCACAGGCUACAAGUAGCAAGUGAGCAAGCUAGCUAGCUUCUUUAGUUUAUGUUAGCAACAGCAGCUUUAGCAACAGCAGCUUGAUUGGAAUAUUUAGACGAAUUGUUAGCUUUCACUUGCGCCAGUUUUCUCGAGAAAUUAAUGAUAAUUGCAGUCAGAUAGCUAAAAAGUGCACAGGCUACUAGUAGCAAAAUAGCUACUUAGUUUCUAGGGUCUAUGUUAGUAACACCAGCUUCAUUGGAAUAUUUAGACGAAUUGUUAGCUUUCACUUGCGCCAGUUUUCUCGAGGAAUUGAUGAUAAUUGUACACAGAUAGCUAAAAAGUGCACAGGUUACUACUGGCAAGAUAGCUAGCUAGUUUCUUUAGUCUAUGUUAGCAACACCAGCUUCAUUGGAAUAUUCAGACGAAUUGUUAGCUUUCACUAAUGCCAGUUUUCUCGAGAAAUUGACAAUAAUUGCACACAGUUAGCUAAAAAGUGCACAGGCUACUAGUAGCAAGCUAGCUUCUUUAGUCUAUGUUAGCAACAGCAGCUUGAUUGGAAUAUUUAGACAAAUUGUUAGCUUUUAUUUUUCACCAAUUUUCUCGAGAAAUUGACGAUAAUUGUACACAGCUAAAAAAUGCACAGGCUACUAGUAGCAAGAUAGCUAGCUAGUUUCUUUAGUCAAUGUUAGCAACACCAGCUUCAUUGGAAUAUUUAGACGAAUUGUUAGCUUUCACUUGCGCCAGUUUUCUCGAGAAAUUGACGAUGAUUGCACUAAGCUGAAAAAGUGCACAAGCUACAAGUAGCAAGAUAGCUAGCUUGUUUCUUUAGUCUAUGUUAGCAACACCAGCUUCAUUGGAAUAUUUAGACGAAUUGUUAGCUUUCACUUGCGCCAGUUUUUUCGAGAAAUUGACGAUAAUUGCACACAAUUAGCUAAAAAGUGCACAGCCUAGUAGUAGCAAGAUAGCUAGCUAGCUUUUUUAGCAUGUUAGCAACACCAGCUUGAUUGGAAUAUUUGGACGAAUUGUUAUAAUGACAAUGAUGAAGAAUGGAACAGGAAAUGUUUUGUUAUUUAAAUUAAGUGAAACGUUUGUGAUGAAAUAUUGUAGUUUGUUUUAU